AUGACAGACCAGCGUUCAGCCUCGCCCUCUCCGUUACAGAUGGCAGCCAAGAAUCGGGAGGGCGAGGCAAGGUUGCCCAAGGGCCAUUGUCGGUACAUCCUGCUCCUUCCUGAGAUUAAGGGUCAGCGGUGUGCUUGCGUGGCCUUCUCUCUCAACAAGGAGAUCCCAAGUGCCACCUGUGAUUGUGGCCACCUUGCAUGCUACCAUACUAACGAUCCCGAACCAUCAACAGACCAGAGGCAAGAGCUCGAAGCUUUAAAGCAGAAGGUAUAUCAGCUUGAGGCUGCUCUCUCCAGAGGACAUGAUGACGUGGUGGACAGGUUUGCGAGCCGAUUUGCCGAAGUGGAGGAUCAUGUGGAAAGGCACAAGGAAGAGGUUGGAGAAUCGGUCAAGAAUGUGUACCGGAAUGUUUGUCUCAACUGGGACACUAUCCAGCAGACGAACCGCAGGCUCCAACAGCAGGAAGAGCAAAUACGUGAGAUGCAGAGCAAGCUUAAGCAACACGCCGAGCAGAUUGACGAACUCCACGCCAGCCAACUCGAGCUCAGGGACGCCGACAUUAGCCUGGAAGAGCGCAUCGAAAACUUGACAGAGUUGAUGGAAGAGCAAGAAGAAAUGCGCCAAUCCUCGUCUCGUCCAUCCCGAAGAAGGUCAACAUCUGAUGCCUCCCACCCAAACGUCCCACUGACCCCUUUAGGGCAAGGGGCCGCCCCGUCGUCAGACUCGUCCCAACGCCCGUCCCGAUCGCCAGCGGGCGGCCCCGUCAAUCCCAGCCCCAGCAGGUCAGGACAUGGCGAAGGAACCGGGCGAGAAGGCAGCCGCCCUCCAAUGACGUCUCUGACAACGAUGGUGACGAGACCUAUCCGCCUCAUUCCCCCGCUUUCAGCCCGCUCCACCGAAGCCUGGACAGUUCACAUCUCGCUGCUACCGCACGCCUCCCUCCCGAUGCCCUUCGAGCGCAACACCAAUGCCUACCAACGCUGCCUGUCCCGCGGCCUGCACCAGAUGGUGGCGGUCCAGGGCCGCGACUGGCCUGCGUUCAAAACGGCCGUCGAGAAGGCGUUUGGCCGCUUCCUCCGCGGCCGCGAGUGGAUGCCCCUUCAAGCCAAGCUCUGCGAUGCCGAAACUCUCCAGGGUCUCCCGAUGCUUCGCCAGCUCGAUCCCCGCUUGAUUGAUUUCGAACGCGGCUAUGACCACGCCUUCCUUCGCCGACACUGCGCGGUGUGCGACUCGAACGGCAUGAUUGAUUCUCUUUAUAUCGCCAUGCGGUAUCAUACUAUCAGCUGGCAUACGUUGCGCCAUUCACCCGUUUACCUCGACGGCCUUGAAGGUUGCUGGAAGUACGACCACUUGCUAGACAGCGGUGAUCCGUUCCCCGACAGUGACGACGCUAUCGAUGAUCAGGCGCGGCCUGCCGCCGGUGAUAUCACCACCGUGCUGCCAAACGUAAGGUCUCAAGUUACAGCUACCGGAGUGAAGCGUCCGCUCUCCGAGAUGAGCAGGUCGGCAAGCUUUGGUUCGGCGACAGCAGUACAGCCAGGUCCUAUGGUUGUCGGAUCGUCACCAUCAUCAUCAUCAUCAUCAUCGGCCACAGCUGUUCCGGAGCUUCAUGAAGACCAACCCAGGGCAGCCAAACGCAUGUGUCCGGCCGUACCUAUUCCUGUCACCGUGCCGGUACCGGUGUCUGUCUCUAGUGCAGCAAGUCCAAUCGUUGAGGUGAGAAGGCGGGAUAUCAAAACUGCAUGA